AAUGAUUUGAUCGGGGGAGAGAGAUCAGAGACUCCUAACCCUCAUACGGGAACUGAGCUCGUCACAGUCAGUACCGGUUUAUUUACGCGUGAGUAGCCGAUCCGAUAAAUUCUUAAGGACUUUGGACACUUGGAGAGCUUUUGCGCAGGAGCGCAUGAAACAGACACCUGAACAGCAAGAGCUAAAGGAUUUUACCUCCACACUAGAGAGUUGCAUCUCAUUUUUCUGCAUGAAUCUAUUCGACUCGUACCUAAAAAUGAGCGACGAGCAGGACAAGAGUCUUUCCGACGCGCCGAGCCCGAGCACGUCCGAGGAUUCGGCUCCGUCUCCGUGUCCAUCUGGAUCAGGAUCCGACACCGAGAACACCCAACCCGAGCAGAACCUGAGAGAGUUUCAGAAGGACGAAGGUGACAAGUUCCCCGUGUGCAUAAAAGACGCGGUGUCGCAGGUUCUGAAGGGGUACGAUUGGACCUUGGUGCCCAUGCCAGUGCGAGUGAACGGCUCCAGCAAGUGCAAACCGCACGUCAAGAGACCCAUGAACGCGUUUAUGGUUUGGGCUCAAGCUGCGCGCAGAAAACUGGCGGAUCAGUAUCCGCAUCUUCACAAUGCCGAACUCAGCAAAACCCUCGGCAAACUCUGGAGAUUGCUGAAUGAGGGAGAGAAACGUCCGUUCGUAGAGGAGGCGGAGCGCCUGAGGGUCCAGCAUAAGAAAGACCACCCUGACUACAAGUACCAGCCGAGACGAAGAAAAUCAUUGAAGAAUGGCCAAACGGAACCCGAGGAUAGCGAGCAGACCCACAUUUCUCCCAACGCCAUUUUUAAAGCCCUGCAGCAGGCCGAUUCUCCUGCAUCCAGCCUGGAUGAAGUGCAUUCGCCAGCAGACAACUCUGGAGUGGGCCAGGCGCAAGGCCCCCCCACACCACCCACAACUCCCAAAACUGACCUGCCAUCCAGCAAGGUAGACUUUAAGCUUGAGGGCCGUCCCCUUCAAGAGGGCAUCGACUUUGGAGCAGUGGAUAUCGGCGAGCUGAGCAGCGAUGUGAUCUCUAACAUGGAGCCUAUUGACAUCAAUGAGUUUGACCAGUAUCUGCCCCCUCGCGGACACCCAGGCAUUGCGGCCACUCAGACGUACUCCAGUGGCUACGGCCUCAGCAGUCAAGCCAUGGGAGCCACAGUGCAUGGCUGGAUCUCCAAACAACAGCAGCACUCGUUGAGUGAGCUGGGCCAAAGUCAGCAGAGAACCCAGAUCAAGACCGAGCAGUUGAGUCCCAGCCACUACAGCGAGCAGCAGGGCUCCCCGCAGCAUAUCGCCUACGGCUCGUUCAACCUGCAGCACUACAGCACCUCGUACCCCUCCAUUACCCGCACGCAGUAUGAUUAUGCAGGGCACCAGAAUGCCGCCAGCUCCUACUACAGCCAUUCCGGGGGUCAGAGCUACCCUACAUUCAGCUACAUGAGUCCCAGUCAGAGGCCCAUGUACACCCCAAUUGCCGACACAACAGGUGUCCCCUCCGCACCACAGGCACACAGUCCGCAGCACUGGGAGCAACAGCCAGUCUACACGCAGCUGUCCAGGCCGUAAGACCAGGAGAACUCUGGGACGUUCUUUAAACGUACUGAACUAACAGAAUGGCUCCCAACAGUGCCUUUAAAAUCACUUGGAGUGGUGAUUAUAUUUUGAAGAUAUAAUGACGCUAAAAAGAAAGCCUCUGUGAGGACAUAUUCAAUAUAAAUGUUUUAGUAUGUACUGUGUAUGUGUUAUUUGGGGAAUUUGUACUCUGGUAUAUAGGGAGAAUAAGCAUUUGUCUGCAACCAGUGAUGUUUUUUUUAAGAAAGCCUAACGAUGUCCUCCUAAUU